AUGACUUUCAGUAUAGUGCACAACGAGGAAACCGGGAACCAGAUUUGGGUUACCGGGAACCAGAUUGGGUUACCGGGAACCAGAUUGGGUUACCAGGAACCAGAUUUGGGUUACCAGGAACCAGAUUUGGGUUACCGGGAACCAGAUUGGGUUACCGGGAACCAGAUUGGGUUACCAGGAACCAGAUUUGGGUUACCAGGAACCAGAUUUGGGUUACCGGGAACCAGAUUCAGGUUACCAGGAACCAGAUUUGGGUUACCGGGAACCAGAUUUGGGUUACCGGGAACCAGAUUUGGGUUACCGGGAACCAGAUUUGGGUUACCGGGAACCAGAUUGGGUUACCAGGAACCAGAUUUGGGUUACCAGGAACCAGAUUUGGGUUACCGGGAACCAGAUUGGGUUACCAGGAACCAGAUUUGGGUUACCAGGAACCAGAUUUGGGUUACCAGGAACCAGAUUUGGGUUACCGGGAACCAGAUUGGGUUACCGGGAACCAGAUUGGGUUACCAGGAACCAGAUUUGGGUUACCAGGAACCAGAUUUGGGUUACCGGGAACCAGAUUCAGGUUACCAGGAACCAGAUUUGGGUUACCGGGAACCAGAUUUGGGUUACCAGGAACCAGAUUUGGGUUACCGGGAACCAGAUUUGGGUUACCGGGAUCUAAAUUUGGGUUACCGGGAGCCAGAUUUGGUUACCGGGAACCAGAUUUGGGUUACCUGGAACCAGAUUUGGGUUACCGGGAACCAGAUUUGGGUUACCGGGAACUAG